AGUUACCAGGAUCAUAUUUUUUUAAAUAACACAAUUUUUUUUUCCCUGGCAGGAUAAAAUAUGUGUUUCUUUAGUAAAUGGUUCUUUAUAUACCUCUCUGGUAAUUAAGACCCUACUGUAGCUAGCUGAUGGUACCCUAUCACAAUCUUACUUAACUUUUAAAACUUUAUAAUAUCUGGUGCCAGAUAAUGAUGGUAUGUUCUAGGGUCUAGAUGAAAGUAAAGGAUUACUCACCCAAAAUUAGAAGUUAAAAUAAUUAACUUAAUAUAGAAUGAACCCGGUUAUAUUUAAGAUAACAAAUAUCCUGAAGCAACAGCCAGAGAUGUUAGACAUCAAUUUACAAAAAAAAAAUCACCUAAUUAUACAUAAUUUCAUGCUAAUCGGAAUGAUGCCAUUUUUCUUCUGGCAUGCAUAACUCAAAUAGAAACACCCCAAUAAUUGUGUAUAAAAGCCCAAAGAAACCAUCAGCCCAUGAUAUUCUGUUCUCCUUUGAAGUUACAGCUAUCUUGUUACAGACAAGGUGAAUAUUGCUCAUUCUAUCAUGUCUCUCCGAUUUUCUAGUGGGUCCAGGCAUAUUUGGUUAUGGUCUGGAACUGGAUCUGUCAGACCAUCCAGUGGAGGCUCGGGCUUUGCAGGCAGCAAUGCAUGUAGCAGCUCUGUUGCUGGAAGCGGAUUUUCCUGUGCCUUGGGAGGGGGUCUGGGCAGUCUUCCUGGGGGGAGCCAUGCUGGUGGUGUCCUUGGAAACGCUGCUUGUUCUGGCUUUGCUGGAAGUGAAGGGGGACUUCUGUCUGGGAACGAGAAGGUGACCAUGCAGAAUCUUAAUGACCGCUUGGCAUCCUACCUGGAUAAUGUGCGAGCUCUGGAGGAAGCAAAUGCUGAACUAGAGAGGAAAAUCAAGGGUUGGUAUGAUAAAUAUGGACCAGGAUCUUGCCGUGGACUUGAUCAUGAUUAUAGCAGAUACCACCUAAUCAUCGAGGAUCUUAAGAAUAAGAUUAUCUCUUCUACUACUGCUAACGCUAAUGUAAUUCUGCACAUUGACAAUGCCAGACUGGCUGCUGAUGAUUUCCGGCUAAAGUAUGAAAAUGAGCUCGCCCUGCACCAAAACACGGAAGCUGACAUCAACGGGCUGCGGCGAGUCCUGGAUGAACUAACACUCUGCAGAACCGACCAGGAGCUGCAGUAUGAAUCCCUGAGCGAAGAGAUGAGGUACCUCAAGAAGAACCAUGAAGAGGAAAUGAAGGCGCUGCAGUGCGCGGCUGGAGGGAACGUGAACGUGGAGAUGAACGCAGCGCCCGGGGUGGACCUCACGGUCCUGCUGAACCACAUGCGCGCCGAGUACGAGGCCCUGGCCGAGCAGAACCGCAGGGACGCGGAGGCCAGGUUCAAUGAGAAGAGCGCCACCCUGCAGCAGCAGAUCUCCGACCACGCGGGCGCGGCCACCUCGGCCAGGAACGAGCUGACCGACAUGAAGCGCACCUUGCAGACCCUGGAGAUCGAGCUGCAGUCCCUCCUGGCAAUGAAACACUCCCUGGAGUGCUCCCUGACCGAGACCGAAGGCAACUACUGUGCACAGCUCGCCCAGAUCCAGGCUCAGAUCGGGGCCCUGGAGGAGCAGCUGCACCAGGUCAGAACCGAGACGGAGGGCCAGAAGCUGGAGUACGAGCAGCUGCUCGACAUCAAGGUCCACCUGGAGAAGGAAAUCGAGACCUACUGCCGCCUGAUUGAUGGAGACGGGAACUCAUGCUCCAAAUCAAAGGGCUUUGGAUCAGGAGGCUCAGGGAAUUUACCUAAAGAAUUAUCCAAAACCACAUUGGUAAAGACAGUGGUUGAAGAGAUAGAUCAACGUGGUAAAGUUCUUUCAUCGAGAGUUCACGCCAUUGAAGAAAAGACAUCUAAAAUGACCAGUGGCAAAACAGAGCAAAAGGUUCCAUUCUAGCCGCCGUCGAGAAAAAACAAUCUGGGGAAAAGGAUCCUAUACAACUGCAUUAUUCUAAAUAUCAAGGAAAUUUAAAAAAAAAAAAUUUUUCUACCCUUACCGAUAAUUUACUUAGCAAAAAUACUUGUUUUCUUAGUUAACUUUUACAGGGUCUUGGGCGUUUGUUUUCAAAUAAAUAAAAAAGUAGAUGUGCACUUAUUUCCAUUCACCCAUAACUAAUAAACAAUUAUUUGAGAUUUAUUUUUUUUC